AUGGCUUCUGCUUUCUUGUCUCUGUGUUGUUUAAUGAUAUUUCACCUAGCUCAAGCAGAAGGUAACACCAAAUCCAAUUGCACUGAUGAGUUCGAGUGUGGAGGCCUUGGAGCUAUGAAGUUUCCUUUCACAAAUUCCAGCAACCCUGAGUGUGGAUUAUGCAGGUUUGAUUGUAAUACUAAACCAUAUCCUAAGAUUGUACUUGGUGGACAAAAUUAUGAUGCUUUAGUAAAGAAGGGUGAUUUUUUCCUUGUUUCAGAUCCUAAACUUCAAGAGUACUUAGAUAACAAAAGUUGCAAGUCUUUUAACAGAAACUUCUCAUUUCCAAAUUCCCCUUUGAUUUCUUUCCAAAUUGCUCCUAACUUAACCUUGUACAGAUGCAAACAUAGUCAUGACAAGACAAAUGAUUCCUUUUUCAAAGAUUUUGAUAGAUAUACUGAGUGUGAAGGUUUUAAUGUUUACUAUCACCAUCCCAAUAAAACAAUAUUGGGAAAUACUAGUGCUAAGAUAAGUGGCAAACUUCCAGAGAACUGUUCACUUGUACAACUGCCAAUUCCAUUGCCUACACCAUCAAAACCAUAUACAGGUGACUUGUUUGAACUGUUGACUUCUGAUUCUCUUCUAAACUGGGAGUUGUCCAAAGAUUGUCAUCUGUGUCUUGACAAAGGAGGGAAAUGCCAGACGAUCGAUGAACACGAGUUUCAUUGUUCCAUGAAAGGAGGGAAAUGCUCGGUUGGUGGUGAACAUGAAUAUAGUUGUUUCAAAGGUAUGAGCAACUGA